AUUCCAUCCAUCGACAUUCAUCUCUUUCUCUCGCACCCUCUCUCUCCGUUCUUUCACUUCUCCUUUCAUCCCCAUCUGGAAAACUCUACUCCAUCUCCGUCGAUUAAUCUGCAGUCAUCCCACCCACACACCCAUUGAAAGCUUGAAAGCCAAGAAUGGCCGAAAAAUCGAUAGAUUUGUGCAUGCAUAAUGAUUUGAAUGGUGUGGUGGUUGAGGACUCAGAGGAUUCUUCCGGAUGGGCCGAUUCCGCUCGUGAGGCUGAGAUAUCUUCCGGCUUUGUCCCUGACUCUGAGAUCUCUUCUGGCUUCGUCCCUGACUCUGAGAUCUCUUCUGGCUUCGUCCCUGACUCUGAGAUCUCUUCUGGCUUCGUCCCUGACUCUGAGAUCCCUUCUGACUUCGUCCCUGACUCAGAGAUCUUGCCCGGAUUUGUCCCUGAGGUGGAGAUCUUGCCGGAUUUCAUCCCGAAUUCUGAGCUCCAGUUGGUCCCGGUUUCUGAGAAUGAAGUAGGAUUGAAAGGAAGAAAACGGUUGAGAUCUGAGCAUUUGGACCGAAGAGGUGAAGCCUCCAAUGACAGUUUCAUUGACAUCUACCUUCGGCCAGUGCAUAUAACAAAUCUGGAGUAUUUUCCACCUGCAUCCGCUCAUGCUGACCCGGACCCUAAAGUUCAAGAAAGAGUGGACGCAUGGGUUUCAAUGUGGCUGCCCCUUCCCAAAAAAUAAAGUCAAUUGUAGGUAGUGGUAGAGGUUUCCUCCCGCAUUUUGCAGCAAACUGUCUGUCAACAAUUAAAGCUAAUGCAGAUUUUAUUCCUUUGGCCAGCUUACCAUUUGUGGAAUUAGUCAGAAGAACUUGCAAGAUCCGCUGCUUUGCUUCAUUAGAUAGCCUUUUUUUGUGCGUUGUUUGAAGAAUUUCAGAAACUUCCAUGUUGCUUUUUGUGAUGAUUUACGACUGCCUCUUGUAAUAGGUGUUGCUUUAUAUAGAGCUCUGGCUUAUUUAAAGUGUUUAAA